UUAUCAACGCGUAUCGUCCGAUUAUCAUUUCAUUACCAAUAAUAAUAACAAUAUAAAAAGUAGUAUUAAGUAAUGAUGGUGUUUUUGAUUUUGCGUACGCCGACGUUGGCUUAAUGUAAUUUUGCAAAUCUCUCCGUUCGGGUUUUCGAUCGAAAAAUUAGCACGCGCGGAACUGGUUUCGCGACAACACCGCUGACUACUACGACGAAAACAUAAUCGUAUCGCGCACUCGCGAAAACAAAUUCCGCGGUAUACGCGAGUUGUGAAAUUUUCGUUCGUCACUGUUAUGACGGAUCGUCGUCUGACGAGAUCCCGAUCCUCCUAAGUCCGUUCCGGUCAUCCACAUUAACCCAUGAAUAGCAGUGAUCAAACAGUCAUUAAUUGCAAUAAAUCAAUGUCUUGUCAAGGAUAGAUUGGAUCAAAUGGUCGUUAGCCAAUUGUUAAACAAAUACUGGAGAAAUGGAUCACGGGUAUCAAAAUACUGGCAGAACUCAUUUUGGAACAACUCCUCAACAAUUGGUUACACACUCGUUUUGCGACAGAGCUUCACCAGUGUCACCCGUCACAAACAUUGGGAGUUACACUUCAUUUGUGCAACACAUAAAAGAUGACACUAAAAUGAAUUCUUUACAACGAAAAGCACAAGUGAAACUAAAUGCCAUGCCAUGGUUUCAUGGAAAAAUAUCAAGAGAGAUGGCUGAAGAUUUGCUUACACCAAAAGAAAAUGGUCUAUUUCUGGUUAGAGAGUCAACUAAUUAUCCAGGAGAUUAUACACUUUGUGUUUGUUAUGUUGGCAAAGUAGAACAUUACAGAGUAAAAUAUAAAGAUAAUCAACUUACAAUUGAUGAUGAAGAAUUUUUUGAAAAUCUAUCACAAUUAGUUGAACAUUAUCAAAAAGAUGCUGAUGGUCUAUGUACACAAUUGACCAAGAGUUUACCUAAAAAAGGCAAACAAGAAUUUUGUAUUGAUACCAAAUCAUUUAUUGAUGCUGGAUGGGUUAUACAAGAACAGGAAUUACAGUUAAAUGAAACAAUUGGUAAAGGAGAAUUUGGUGAUGUAUUAUUGGGAGUGUAUAGAGGAGAAAAAGUAGCUGUCAAAAUGUUGAAAGAUUCUAGUGUAGAAGCUCAAAAAUUCCUAACAGAAGCUUUACUUAUGACGUCUUUGAGGCAUGAAAAUUUGGUUGAACUUCUUGGACUUGUAUUAAAUGAAAAACAUUUAUUACUAGUUACUGAAUACAUGGGUAAAGGAAGUCUUGUUGAAUAUUUACGCUCAAGAGGAAGACUCCAUGUCACUAAAAAAGAUCAAAUUAAUUUUGCAGUUGACACAUGCAGCGGUAUGGAGUACUUAGAGUUUAGAAAAGUAGUGCAUAGAGAUUUAGCAGCUCGAAAUGUUUUGAUAUCAGAAGCUGGAGUAGCUAAAGUAGCAGAUUUUGGAUUGGCGCGUGAAGAAAAUUAUAUUGUGGAUGCUGGGAAAUUGCCCAUCAAGUGGACUGCCCCUGAAGCACUUAGACAAGGGGUGUUCUCAAAUAAAUCAGAUAUGUGGAGUUUUGGUGUUCUGUUAUGGGAAAUUUAUUCUUUUGGUCGAGUUCCUUACUCUAGAAUUCCAUUAGUUGAUGUAGUAAAGCAUGUAGAAAAAGGUUAUCGCAUGGAAGCUCCUGAGUGUUGUCCUCCAGAAAUUUAUGAAAUCAUGAGACAAGCAUGGGAUUUAUUACCUGAACGAAGACCAACAUUCAAAGAUGUUAAGACCAAACUAGCGCAGUUAAAAGUUGUAACUAUUAACUAAUAGGAGUUACAUUGACUAAUGUAAAAUAAUUUAUCUGUGCACUAAUUUUGUUAAUAUCUGUAU